CUUCCUUUUAUCCAAAAGCUUGACGCUUCUCUACCACCAUCAUGGUUGCCUUCUCCCAACUUGCCCUUGCGCUCUCCGCCGUCGUGGGCUCGCUUGCUGCCCCUGCCCCCGUUGCUGAGGCAGGUAUCGAUGCUCCCGAUUUCAACCUCAAUGGCGAUCGCUUGAUGCGCCGCCAGGACUACAACCAGAACUAUAAGACCAGCGGCAACGUCAACUUCUCGCCCACCAACAACGGCUACUCCGUUCAAUUCUCGAACGCCGGUGACUUCGUUGUCGGCAAAGGCUGGAGGACUGGAACUAACCGAAACAUUACUUUCCAGGGUCAGACCAGCGCGUCUGCCGGCACUGUUCUCGUCUCCGUCUACGGCUGGACCACCAACCCCCUCAUCGAGUACUACGUACAAGAGUACACCAGCAAUGGUGCAGGUAGUGCCCAAGGCCAGAAGGUCGGCAGCGUAACCUGCGAUGGUUCCGUCUACGAUAUCUGGAAGCACCAGCAGGUCAACCAGCCCUCCAUCCAGGGAACUUCCACCUUCUGGCAGUACAUUAGCAACAGGCAGUCCAAGAGGCCCGGCAGCGGAACCAUUACCACCAAGUGCCACUUCGAUGCCUGGGCUAAGCUCGGCAUGAACUUGGGCCAGCACAACUACCAGACCUUGUCCACUGAGGGCUGGGGCAACGCUGGAGGAAACUCUCAGUACACUGUCUCUGGUUAGAUCCAGAUAAAAGUUGCGACCGAUGCUGCAUAGCACGAAUGGUCGAGCUCUGUGAGCUGUUGGAUUUUCUUGGAGGAGCACACUCCUUACUUAUUUCUCUUAUCUUCUAUUCUUGAGUAUAUACUUUACCUUUUGACCUACGCGUCACCAACGAAUGCAUAUCUUCGCACCACCCAAAUGACCCAUUUCCAAGUCCAUUGAGGGAAGCACUUGAGCUGCCCAUGAGACUCGUUUACAGUGAAGACUGAUUGAAGACUGACCCUUUUCUCAAUGACGACCAAAGUCUUUUC